AUGAUUCUCGGACCGACUAGGAGGAAAGCCGGCUGUUCCCUGCUGUUGCUUCUCGUCGCCACAUUAAUCGGCAGGACAACAGCCUCUUUAGGUGAUCACCUCCCGGACUUCAAAGAAUGUGUUAAGAUCUGUCAAACCGAGAAUUGUGAAGCUGGCAAUUCGGCUCUUCCGAUCCAUCUACGUUUGAUGCUGUGGACCUGCUCUGCCGAAUGUGAUUAUACCUGCCAGCAUGUGGUGACGGACCGUCGAGUCGCUCGCGACCCUCCGAUGCUCAAUCCGGUUGUACAAUUCCAUGGGAAAUGGCCCUUUCGCCGCAUUCUGGGCAUGCAAGAGCCCUUCUCCGUCCUAUUCUCCUUCCUCAACUUCGUUGCGCAUUGGCAGGGUAUGGGUCGGAUUCGCGAAGUCAUUCCGUCCUGGCACUCCCUAAGGAGCUACUAUCUCGCUUUCGGGUACUGCGGUUUAUUGUGCUGGACCUUUAGCACGCUUUUCCACACCCGGGAUUUCCCUCUCACGGAGAAACUGGAUUAUUUCGGAGCCGGGGCCAAUGUGAUGUAUGGCUUUUAUCUGGCUAUUAUUCGGAUUUUCCGUCUGGACCAAGAGGAGCCUCGCCAUAAACCAACGCUGCGCCGUCUCUUGACUGCGGUCUGCCUGUUCCUCUACACCCUGCACGUGUGCUAUCUCAGUUUCUGGUCCUGGGACUAUACCUACAAUAUGAUUGCCAACAUCGUCGUCGGGAUGACCCAGAACGUGUUGUGGACUGCCUGGAGUAUCUACCGCUAUCGCAAGACCGACAAAAUCUGGACCGUGUGGCCCGCGUUGAUUGUGGUUUGGAUCAUCUUGGCUAUGAGUUUGGAGCUGCUGGACUUCCCCCCUUGGAGAAGCCUGAUUGAUGCUCAUAGUUUGUGGCACUUGGGAACUGUUGUUCCAACGGCGUGGUGGUAUUUAUUCCUCAUCAAAGACGUUCAGAACGACGUGGCUGGGGACCGAUUAAAGGCCUAA